ACGCCCCGACGCCCGGACCCCCGGACCCCCGGACCCCCGGACCCCCGCCCGCACCAUGAGCACCAGCCUGAGGUUCAAGAGCAAAGCGGCGAACCCCGAAGAGAAGCAGGACCACGAGAAACAGUAUGUGGGUUUCGCCACGCUGCCCAACCAAGUCCACCGCAAGUCCGUCAAGAAGGGUUUUGACUUCACCCUCAUGGUGGCAGGGGAGUCGGGCCUGGGAAAAUCCACGCUGGUCACCAGCCUCUUCCUCACGGACCUCUACAAGGACAGGAAACUCCUCAACGCGGAGGAACGAAUCAACCAGACCGUGGAGAUUGUGAAACACACGGUGGACAUCGAGGAGAAGGGCGUCAAACUGAAGCUGACCAUCGUGGACACCCCGGGGUUCGGCGACGCUGUCAACAACACCGAGUGCUGGAGGCCCGUCACGGACUACGUGGACCAGCAGUUCGAACAGUACUUUCGGGACGAGAGCGGCCUGAACCGGAAGAACAUCCAGGACAACCGCGUUCACUGCUGCCUCUACUUCAUCUCGCCCUUCGGCCACGGGCUGCGGCCCGUGGACGUGGAGUUCAUGAAGGCCUUGCACGAGAAGGUGAACAUCGUGCCGCUCAUCGCCAAGGCGGACUGCCUCGUCCCCAGCGAGAUCCGGAAGCUGAAGGAGCGGGUCCGGGAGGAGAUCGACAAGUUCGGCAUCAAGGUGUACCAGUUCCCAGAGUGCGACUCGGACGAGGACGAGGACUUCAAGCAGCAGGACCGAGAGCUGAAGGAGAGCGCUCCCUUCGCCGUCAUUGGCAGCAACACGGUGGUCGAGGCCAAGGGUCAGAGGGUGCGAGGCCGGCUUUAUCCCUGGGGGAUUGUGGAAGUGGAGAACCAGGCGCACUGCGACUUCGUGAAGCUGCGUAACAUGCUGAUCCGGACGCACAUGCACGACCUGAAGGACGUGACCUGCGACGUGCACUACGAGAAUUACCGUGCCCACUGCAUCCAGCAGAUGGCCAGCAAACUGACCCAGGAUAACAGGAUCGAGAGCCCCAUCCCCCUCCUCCCCCUGCCGACGCCCGACGCCGAGACGGAGAAACUCAUCAAGAUGAAGGACGAGGAGCUGCGGCGGAUGCAGGAGAUGCUGCAGAAGAUGAAGCAGCAGAUGCAGGACCAGUGAGAGCGGGCCCCUCCCGACCCCGGCCCGGCCCCCAGGGCGCCCUCGGGGGAGGGGGCCGCCGGCGGGCGGCACCCCGGCCCCGGCGGGCACCGCCCCCUGACCCUAAUUUAUUCUCCCGGGGCUAAGGGCCGGCCGGCGGGCUUCCUCCCUACCGGUGGAGGACGUUUCUGCGGGGCUCGGGGCUCCCCAGCCCCGGGACCCCUCCUCACACACCGCCAGUCCCCCGCAGCCCCCUUGCGCUAGAGCUCGUGUGACCUCUGACCCCGCGCCCCCCCCCCCCCCGGGCCGGGGGGCACCUCUAGGUGGACUUACGCCCCUCCUCCGGCCCCCCACCCGUCUCCAGCCCCCAGGGAACGGCUGCUGCCUGCAGAUAGCGGCACUGGCUUCCCUCUCCUUCCGGCCCCGGGCCCCGGCCCCCUUAGCCGAAGCGGGGUGGGGGGGAG